AUGGGCGAGGAGAAGGAGGAUCCACAGAAGAUUAAGAGAAUAGCGGCGGCGGCUUACGAUUACGAGAACGACCCCAGAUGGGCGGAUUACUGGUCAAACAUCCUCAUCCCUCCUCACAUGGCCUCUCGCGCAGACGUUGUCGACCACUUCAAGCGCAAGUUCUACCAGCGUUACAUCGUCCGUCCCUCCCCCUUUCUCGAUCUUUAUCUUCCCCUUUUGUUAUUGGUAGAUCCUGAUCUUGUGGUUGAGGCUAUGUCUUCAACUGGCUCUUCUCAAUCUACAAAAUCGGCUUCUGGAUCCUCGUCAUCACCAUCGAGAUCAUCAAAUGAGCAACCUCGGCAGCGAAGCACAGGUUCAACUACCACAAACUCUGGAGCAACUCCAACUGCUACCCAAAAUCCAACUUCAGUACGCUGGGAUCGUCAAACUAUACAAUUUUCCGUCAACGCUUGGGUUUUUGUUGUGGCUGUACUGGCAAUCUUCCCUAUUGUGCCUAGAAGUCUUUCCAAUAGAGCAUAUCGUCUGGCUUUCAUGGGAACUGCCUGUUCAUCUCUGUAUUCGUUAUACAUGCAAUAUGGGAGGCCUAGGGCAUGGAACUUGCAGGCCUUGCAGGUUUAUUUGCAGUCAAUAAUUGCUACCAAAGAUUUCAUCUACUUUAUCUACUGCUUGACUUUUGUCACUUCAAAUCUAUGCCUGACAUUUGCCUUAAUCCCUAUUCUAUGCCGGGCAUUGCUGAAUGUUGCUAAGUUCUUAAGGCGUAACUUCAACAGUUCUUCCUUGUACAGGAGGUACCUUGAAGACCCUUGUGUGUGGGUGGAAUCAAACACCACCACUCUCAGUAUUCUAUCUUCACAUGCAGAGAUUGGGGUUGGGUUCCUCCUAGUUCUGUCUUUGUUCUCGUGGCAACGAAACAUAAUACAGACAUUCAUGUACUGGCAGCUAUUGAAGCUGAUGUACCAUGCUCCAGUUACUGCUGGGUAUCAUCAAAGUGGGUGGGCUAAGAUCGGCAGGAGCGUGAACCCACUUGUGAGCCGUUACUGUCCAUUCCUGCAAGGUCCAAUUUCAGCUGUGCAAAAAUGGUGGCUUAGAUAG